UCUCCUUCUCGCAGUCUGUUUGAUGGGAGGUGUUGCGCGUGCUGGAACACUGGACCCAUGGCAACAAUCAUGGCAGAAGCCGAGGCGCGCCAAAGGCUGCUGCGCACUGUCAAGAAAGAGGUGAAGCAGAUUAUGGAGGAAGCGGUCACCAGGAAAUUUGUUCAUGAAGACAGCAGCCAUAUUGUUUCCCUUUGUGCUGCGGUGGAGGCAUGUGUUUUGCACGGGUUGAAACGUCGAGCGGCUGGUUUUCUUCGAAGCAACAAAAUAGCCGCCCUGUUCAUGAAGGUGGGCAAGAGCUUUCCCCCGGCCGAGGAGCUGUGCAAGAAGGCCCAGGCGCUGGAGCAGAUUAUAGAAACUAAACGAAGCCAAAGUUUGCAAAGCCAGGACAGUCUGCGGCGAAUGCCUCGGCUUCCCAGCCUCACUCCAAAGGCCAUGAAGAACCUCUGGAUUCGGACAGCUCUUUUCGAGAAGGUGCUGGACAAGAUUGUCCUCUUCCUGGCGGAAAACAGCAGUAAAUAUUAUGAGAAAGAGGCUGUUCUAAUGGACCCUGUAGACGGACCUAUCCUUGCUUCUCUGCUGGUGGGACCUUGUGCUUUGGAGUAUACGAAGAUGAAGACGGCCGACCACUUCUGGACCGAUCCCUCGGCUGACGAGUUGGUGCAAAGGCAUCGCAUCCACAGUGGUUACUGCAGGCAGGACUCGCCCACCAAGAGGCCUGCAUUGUGUAUCCAGAAGCGUCACUCCAGCAGCAGCAUGGACGAGCGCCCCUCACCCUCGCCAUCGGCGCGCGACUACGUGGAGUCACUGCAUCAAAACAACAGGGCCACACUGCUGUUUGGCAAAAACAAUGUGCUCGUUCAGCCGAGGGACGACAUGGAGGCUAUCCCGGGUUAUCUCUCCCUUCAUCAGACGGCCGACCUCAUGACACUGAAGUGGACACCCAAUCAACUUAUGAACGGCUCUGUUGGCGAUUUGGACUAUGAACGAAGUGUGUACUGGGACUAUGCCAUGACAAUCCCUCUCGAAGAGAUCGUGUACUUGCACUGUCAUCAACAAGUCGACAGCGGAGGCACAGUGGUGCUGGUCAGUCAGGAUGGCAUCCAAAGGCCUCCACUUCGCUUCCCUAAAGGAGGUCACCUGCUUCAGUUCCUCUCCUGCCUGGAAAAUGGUCUGCUUCCGCACGGUCAGCUGGAUCCUCCUCUCUGGUCUCAGAGGGGAAAGGGCAAGGUGUUCCCGAAGCUGAAGAAGAGGGUUCCUCAGGGAUCCGGAUCGACAGACUCUGUCUCAGAUAAGGAGGAGGAAGAGGCCACAGACUAUGUCUUCCGUAUCCUCUUUCCAAAUAGCCUCUCAGACUUUGUGACUCCACCAGAUUUGAUGGACCAGAGUUCUGCGAUGUGGCAUCCUACUCUCAGGAAGUCUUCGUGCUCGUCCUGCUCCCAGGGCAGCCUCUCUGAUGGCUCCACACCCAAAGGCUGCAACCAAGAGAGGACUCCCCUGAAGCUGCUAUGUGACAACAUGAAGUAUCAGAUCAUCUCCAGGGCAUUUUAUGGCUGGUUGGCAUACUGCCGUCACCUGUCCACUGUACGCACUCAUCUCUCGGCUCUCGUCAAUCACACCAUCGUGUCGCCCGACUUGCCUUGCGACGCGUGCAAAGGACUCACUGCAGAUGUGUGGCAGAUGUUCCUGCAGGACUGUAACACCUACAAGGAGCAAGAGCUGCUUCGUCUGGUCUAUUUCGGCGGCGUGGACCCGUCUUUGCGGAAGGAAGUGUGGCCAUUUCUUUUGGGGCAUUACCAGUUUGGAAUGUCUGAAACAGAAAGGAAGGAGGUGGAUGAGCAGGUGCGCCUGUGCUACCAGCAGACCAUGCGCGAAUGGCUCGGCUGUGAGGAAAUUGUUCGGCAGCGGGAGAAGGAGCAGCACGCUGCAGCUUUAGCCAAGUGCUCUUCGGGGGCGAGCAUGGAUAGUACCAGUUCAAAGAUGGUCCAUCAUGACUCAACCGUCAGCAAUGAGUCCCGGUCCUCCCAGAGUUCAGACAGGCAGAGUCUGGCUCGUCUGCAGAGUGACUCCAGCACCAGCACACAGGUUUUUGAGUCUGUAGAAGAGGUGGAGCAGAUCGAGACAGAAUCCAAGCGUGAAGAAGCCAAGCAGGUGCCAAAAAUGAACAACGGGGCAGUCCACAAUGGCCCAAGCUCUCCCGACUCGGGGCAUCCCUCUUCCCGCAACUUCUCAGUUACCUCCGGCCUGUCGGACGGCUCGCUCAGCACAGAGGACGGCGCUGCACCAGAGGCUGCUCCGAGAGCUUCGGCCAAACCUCCUCAGGAUGCAGGUCUGACAGAGCAGGACAAGCGCGAGAAACCCAAUGCGACCAAGACUGAAGUGCUAGAUGUAGUGGAAGAGUCCAACAAGUCAGAGCAUCCUAAAGUAGAGGAGGCUCAGCGUGGAGGUGGUUCCUCAGUCGAGAGUGAAGGAAGAGAAGUGCCUGACAAAGACAGUAUGUUCACACCAGGAACGUGUACAGAAUCCCAAGAUUAUGCUGAGCAAAGACUGAAAAACAAAGACGUGACAAAAACUGCAGGAGAGCGUCAGACUGAAUGUUUUAAAGUGGAAGACCAAUCCAAGCAAGGUGAGACAUCACAGGGGGCGAGAAGAGAAGCUGGCACCAUAAAUCCCAGGACACCUGAAGUUGGCAAGAAACUGUCUUUAUCUACAGACACGAGGGUGUCGAGAGCAAGAGAAGCCUACUGUGCCUCUCAGAAGGCAGAAGCUCAGGUCCUCACUGAGUCUGAUGAGUCUCCCUCAGCCUUAGAGAUGGAGGAGAUUCCCAAAGCCAAUGUUUCCAUGGUGCCCUGGAGCAGAAAGGCUCGCUGUGAGCCCUUGUCUUCCUCUGAGGACUCGGCCCCUUACACGGAUCUCAGACCCGAGGGUGGGCAGGAAAAGCCUAGUCCGGAAGGCACUGAAUCCAUAUUGUCUGAGGAGCCUGAGAUGGAGAGCCUUUACCCUCACUUUGAGUCUCUGGAUGGCUGCGCGGACACCGCGGAAGCCAACUCGCAACAGUCUGCUGGGGGCGGCUUCUCCCAAGAGCUUUUAGACUUGUACACGUUGAAUUUGCACCGCAUUGAAAAGGACGUACAGCGCUGUGACAGGAACUACUGGUACUUCACUCCCGUCAACCUGGAAAAGCUCCGUAACAUCAUGUGCAGCUACAUCUGGAGGCACCUCGACAUCGGAUAUGUUCAGGGUAUGUGUGACUUGUUGGCUCCACUUCUCGUCAUUCUGGAUGAUGAGGCCAUGGCCUUUAGCUGUUUCACGGAGCUCAUGAAGAGGAUGAAUCAAAACUUUCCACAUGGAGGGGCGAUGGACACGCACUUUGCCAACAUGCGCUCUCUGAUCCAAAUCCUGGAUUCAGAGCUGUUUGAGCUGAUGCACCAAAACGGAGACUACACUCACUUCUACUUCUGCUACCGCUGGUUCCUCUUAGACUUCAAGCGAGAGCUGGUCUACGAUGAUGUUUUUGCUGCGUGGGAAACCAUCUGGGCGGCCAAGUUUGCCUCCUCGAGUCAUUUUGUCCUCUUCAUCGCCUUGGCUCUAGUGGAGAUCUACAGGGACAUCAUCCUGGAAAACAACAUGGACUUCACUGAAAUUAUAAAAUUUUUUAACGAGAUGGCUGAGCAUCACAACAUCAAGCAGAUUUUGACCUUGGCAAGAGAUCUGGUGUACAAGGUGCAGAUGCUGAUAGAGAACAAAUGACAGUGAUAUGGGUCUUAUUUUUCCUUCCAAUCAAGUGUAAACAUUUGUAGCAGCAUCUCUCACACACACACACACACACACACACACACGUACAUUAUACUGUACUACAAAAUGCCUUUACUAUCAUUGGUUGCAGCCUUGAUCGAGCCUCAAUGACAGUAUGCUCCUCUGCGUUCUUUGUGCAGUCAGCAGGUCUAUAAUGAGAUUAUGCUUUGUAGAGUAACUGUCAGUAUCUGCAAAUACAUAGUGUGUUUUACGUCAAACCCUGAAGUGUCAAUGUUAAUCGGAGCAGACUUAAUCUUACUGUAAGCUAGUUGCACAUUUCAAAAACAAAACGAAGAGAUAAAUCCAAACUAUUUUGAAUGACUACAUAUUUAUGAAGUAGUGUAUGUUGCUUAAACUUGUUGAAUAGCCAAUGUUUACAUGAUUAGAUUACUUUUAAAAUGGAAACUUCCCCACCUUCCCCUCUCAUGUGAAGAAAUGAAUGAAUGGUAGUUUUACAAAUACAGUUAAAAUCUAUUUAGAGCUGAGUAUCACGUCAGUCAUUUUAUAUUAACAGUGUUUCCAAUGUCCUCAAGCUGCCUUCCUGCCAAAUAGGAUGUCCUUGUCAUGUGUAAAUUGUUAAUUCUGAGAUAAGUAUUUGUCAAAUCAUAGUCCGAUGAAUUUUAAGUAUAUAUUCAGAAAUUCUCGUUUCACACUGUCAAACAUGAUCUUUUGGUGUUGUUUUUGUUCUGGGAACAGUUUUGUGUUUUGUUUCUUGUACGAGUUGAAUUUUUGUAUGGUUCGUCAGUUUUGUUCUGUUGCAGAAAUGACAACUUAUGUCACAAAGGUUAAGUACAGACAAACAUAGUGAUGUUUUUACGUGAUCCAAUGAGGUGCAAAUUAAAGGCAUGUUUCCAUGCUUGUGAUUUAUUUUCAACGUUGCUUGCAAAAAAUAUCACGAAAAGCAGCUGUUUAAAUGUAUGGGGCAUAUUUAACCAUUGAUGAUGACAAAUACUAUGUGUUUUUAACUUUUCAGUUGAUACUCAUAAGGAUUUCCCAAAUUUCAAGCUUCCUAUUUAUUGCUUCUGUUUAUGAAUGUGCUAAAAAUGAAUUGCAUUAAUGUUUCUUUGUGUAUGCAAACUGAUGUCAGUAAGCCUUCAAUUUAUUUGCCUUUUAUUAUUAUUAUUUAUUCAUUUGACUGGAUCGUUUUGACUGGAUUGUUGCUAUUUUGGUAAAAGUUGUAUUUUCAUUUUGUGCCAAGUUCUACCUGUGUAUUGUAAAACAAAUUAUAUUCUGAGAGCUCAUAUAUAAUAUAUAUUAAAUGGUAUAUGUUAUUGUAACAUCA